GGAAUUGAGUUAGAUAAAAGCUUGUCAAAAUACAGAGACUUAUAAUGACUUCUUUUAAAAAGGCUACUGAGAUGUUAGUGUAAUAUUUACCGUGCGUGUGGCACGGGUUCGAGACACAUCAUGUCAAUGUUAGUAUUUUUUUUUUCAAUUUUUUUUAUAGAUGUGAAUGAUAAAGUUGCUUAUCGGGACUUGGCGGGAAACAGGGCAGGUGAAGUAGAGAUCACCUGUUUCUGUGUCCUCUGCAUAUGAUGGGAUAGUGUGGUUAGAGCCAUGCUCGAUAAUUUUAAAAAGCAGAUAGUUGAGUUGACAAAACAAUGUUCACUUCUUACAAUUCAAGUUGAUGAAGCCAAAUCUGAUGCCGUUGAAGCAAGAGAAGUUUGCAAAACAAAGGAACUUGAGUUAGAAAUCGAAAACGAUAAUUACGAGAAACAGUUAAAAUGUCUUCGUGAGAUCAAUGAUGAUCUGAAUAAGGAAUUACGCUCAAAAGAAAUCGAAAACGAUAAUUACGAGAAACAGUUACAAUUUCUUCGUGAGAUCAAUGAGGAUCUGAAUAAGGAAUUACACUCAAAAGAGCGGUACUGCGCCGAACGAGAGAAUGAGAUCAUCAAAUUGUAUGUUGACUGCAAUGCUUUAACGGAGGAACUUCAAUCCAUAAAAUCUGAAUUAGCCUUUAGUGAAAAGGAGAUACGUCGGCAGCAAAAAUUGGAAAACAAACUGAAAAUUACAAUAAAAAGCUUACAAACAAGGCUUGAAAUAAUAAGGUAUCGCGCAGAAAACGAAACGUCCGUAAGCGACAAUACACAAGAAGGUUACUUGUCAUUAGAGGAAAUGCUGUUAAUGGAAUUGUGCAAGUUAGAGAAGGAUUUGAAAGAUAUAAAGCUCGAUGAUGAAAUAGAGGAUGACACGCAAUCGACAGCGAGUGCCGCGGUUGAUGAUCCUACACCAGCUGUAAGAGCACACUUAUCACACUUAUCACACUCAUAUGUUAAUACUUGAAAAGUUCUUUUAAAUUGAAAGACAUUAGUUUGCACCUUCAGUUUAUGUUCUAUGUGCUGUUAUGGUGACUGAUUGUUUGAUGCUGG